CUCCAACAAGGAUGACGUAACAGUGUGACGCAUAUCAGCACUUGAGUCGGACAGUGCGAUCAGAAAGCCUGCCAGCCAGUUUACAGAAGAGACAUACGGUGAGAACAGUCUCAGAAGGCAAGCAAGUUAAAAGCUAGUAGCCUACGAAAAUCCUCGAAGUCGCGCAAACCCGAGUAAUAACGAUUUACAGGACUGGACCAAAACUCCCCUGAGACAACGAGUGAGAGAGAGUAAAAGAAAGAAGCAGUAGAGAGAGGACACCGUGUACUCUGUGUGUCCCGUGCUCCUGGAAGAAGUUUCCUGUAGGCCCCAGAUCCAGGAUCAGCUGCCCAUCCUCCAAUCUCAAUCUUAAUCUCAGGAGGGAAGCACACAACUGAACUGAAAUCAGCAUCUAGAGGAUAACUUCCUCCUAAUCCUGGCGUUUCCUGGCGACAGGUGUUUUUGAUCUACUUCCAGGAUUAGCGAGAGGAGCCACAGCUAAUAGGCUACCAUGCACCGCAUAAGGACUACGGUUGUUAGGCUACGGCCUAUCGCGGCCCCCCAGACAGCCAAGAGCCAAUCACAGGCCAGGUUGGCAGCUGUGGGAGGGGCUUUGAGGACGUUUCAGCCAAUGAGGAGUUACACUGCGUCGGUGUCGGCCGAGCCUUUUCUGAAUGGGACUAGUUCUAAUUAUGUGGAAGAGAUGUACUACGCGUGGCUGGAGAACCCUAGGAGUGUACACAAGUCAUGGGAUAUUUUCUUCCGGAAUGCCAACGCGGGGGCGCCACCAGGCGCAGCCUAUCAGAGCCCUCCUCGUCUGGGUGGUGCUGCUCUGGGAUUGGCUAACGCCCAGGCGAUGGUCGGGGUGCAACCUAACGUGGAGAAGCUGGUGGAGGACCAUCUGGCUGUACAGUCGCUUGUACGAGCAUACCAGAUUCGGGGUCACCACGUGGCACAGCUGGACCCUCUGGGCAUCAUGGCUGCCAUCGACCCAGGCCCUCCCCCCUCUGACAUCAUCACCUCCAAUGACAAACUGGACCUCUCUGGGUAUAAAGAGCGCCUGUAUGAUCUUACUGCUGAAGAGUUCUAUGGUCUGGAUGAGUCCGACCUGGACAAGGUGUUCCGGCUCCCCACCACAACCUUUAUAGGGGGCAGCGAGAGCACUCUGCCCCUCCGAGAGAUCAUACAGCGCCUCGAGAUGGCGUACUGUCAGUCCAUUGGAGUAGAGUUCAUGUUCAUUAAUGACCUGGAGCAGUGCCAGUGGAUCAGACAGAAGUUUGAGAGGCCAGGCAUCAUGCAGUUCACCCUGGAGGAGAAGAGGACCCUGCUAGCCAGAAUGGUUCGAUCCACCAGGUUUGAGGAGUUCCUCCAGAGGAAAUGGUCAUCAGAGAAGCGUUUUGGCCUGGAGGGCUGUGAGUCUCUCAUCCCGGCCCUGAAGACCAUCAUCGACAAGUCCAGCAUGAACGGAGUGGAGAGCAUCAUCAUGGGCAUGCCUCACAGGGGGAGAUUGAAUGUGUUGGCUAAUGUGAUCCGUAAGGAGCUGGAUCAGAUCUUCUGUCAGUUUGACUCCAAGCUUGAGGCUGCUGAUGAGGGUUCUGGAGAUGUGAAGUACCACUUGGGGAUGUGGCACCGGAGGAUCAACCGGGUCACUGAUAGGAACAUCACACUGUCACUCAUGGCUAACCCUUCCCACCUGGAGGCUGUGGACCCCGUGGUGCAGGGCAAGACCAAGGCUGAGCAGUUCUACUGCGGGGACACAGAAGGCAACAGGGUAAUGUCCAUCCUGCUCCAUGGUGAUGCAGCGUUUGCAGGCCAGGGGGUUGUCUAUGAGACCUUCCACCUCUCUGACCUGCCCUCCUACACCACACAUGGCACUAUUCACGUGGUGGUCAACAACCAGAUUGGUUUCACCACUGACCCCAGGGUGGCGAGGUCAUCCUCUUACCCUACAGAUGUGGCCAAGGUGGUCAACGCCCCCAUCUUCCAUGUCAACGCUGACGAUCCCGAGGCUGUCAUGUACGUGUGUAAUGUCGCCGCCGAGUGGAGGGCGACCUUUCACAAGGACGUGGUCGUCGACCUGGUGUGUUACAGGCGUAACGGCCACAAUGAGAUGGACGAACCCAUGUUCACCCAGCCUCUGAUGUACAAGCAGAUCAAGAAGCAGAAAGGAGUCCUACAGAAAUACGCUGAGAAACUCAUAGCAGAGGGAGCUGUCACCAGACAGGAGUAUGAGGAGGAGAUUGCCAAGUAUGACAAGAUCUGCGAAGAGGCUCACGCUCGCUCCAAAGACGAGAAGAUUCUACACAUCAAACACUGGCUAGACUCACCCUGGCCCGGUUUCUUCAACAUGGAUGGCCAGCCCAAGAGUAUGACCAGUCCGUCUACAGGCCUGACUGAGGAGGAGCUGGGACACAUAGGACACAUUGCUUCAUCUGUCCCUGUGGAAGACUUCACUAUACAUGGAGGUCUGAGUCGUAUACUAAAGGGUCGUGCAGCGAUGGUGGGCCAGCGUGUGUGUGACUGGGCUCUAGGAGAGUACAUGGCCUUUGGUUCGCUGCUCAAGGAGGGGACACACAUACGUCUCAGCGGACAGGACGUAGAGAGAGGAACCUUCAGUCACAGACACCAUGUUCUCCAUGACCAGAAUGUAGAUAAGAGGAUCUGUAUUCCCAUGAACCACAUCGCUCCGAACCAGGCUCCAUACACUGUCUGUAACAGCUCUCUGUCAGAGUACGGAGUACUGGGUUUCGAACUGGGUUUUGCCAUGGCUAGUCCCAAUGCUCUGGUUCUGUGGGAGGCCCAGUUUGGGGACUUCCACAAUACAGCCCAGUGUAUCAUAGACCAGUUCAUCUGCCCAGGACAGGCCAAGUGGGUCAGACAGAACGGAAUAGUCCUACUGCUACCCCAUGGCAUGGAAGGAAUGGGUCCAGAGCACUCGUCAGCCCGACCAGAGAGGUUCCUGCAGAUGUGUAAUGAAGACCCGGAUGCAUACCCUAAAUUCUCUGCUGAGGAGUUUGCUGUGCGUCAGCUGUAUGACUGUAACUGGAUCAUAGUCAACUGCUCUACACCAGCGAACUACUUCCAUGUCCUCCGCAGACAAAUACUACAGCCCUUCAGGAAGCCUCUGAUAGUCUUCACCCCCAAGUCUCUCCUGCGCCACCCUGACGCCAAGUCCAACUUUGAUGACAUGCUGACAGGUACCCACUUCCAGCGUCUGAUCCCAGACAGUGGUCCUGUGUGUGAGAAGCCAGAUGGGGUGAAGAGGAUUGUGUUCUGUACUGGGAAGGUCUACUAUGAACUGACCCGAGAACGCAAGAACAGAGACAUGGAUAAUACUGUGGCCAUUGCACGCAUAGAGCAGCUCUCUCCCUUCCCGUUUGACCAGGUGAAGGUGGAGACAGAUCGUUAUCCCAACGCUGACCUGGUGUGGUGCCAGGAAGAGCACAAGAACCAGGGUUACUAUGACUACGUCAAACCCCGCCUCCGCACCACCGUUGACCGCACCCGCCCCGUUUGGUAUGCUGGUCGUGGGCCAGCAGCAGCUCCAGCUACAGGGAACAAAGCAGCUCACCUGGUGGAGUUACAACGCUUCCUAGAUACAGCUUUUAACCUGGACGCAUUCACUGGGCAGUCCUAACACGCUUAUACUAUAAACCCUAUGCCCUAUACCCCUCAAUCUCAACUCUGGACCUCCCAGUCAGUUCCACUGCGUUUUUUCAUUGUCCCCUCUAAUCAGGGACUGAUUUAGACCUGGGACACCAAGUGGGUGAUUCCCCUCUAAUCAGGGACUGAUUUAGACCUGGGACACCAGGUGGGUGAUUCCCCUCUAAUCAGGGACUGAUUUAGACCUGGGACACCAGGUGGGUGAUUCCCCUCUAAUCAGGGACUGAUUUAGACCUGGGACACCAGGUGGGUGAUUCCCCUCUAAUCAGGGACUGAUUUAGACCUGGGACACCAAGUGGGUGAUUCCCCUCUAAUCAGGGACUGAUUUAGACCUGGGACACCAGGUGGGUGAUUCCCCUCUAAUCAGGGACUGAUUUAGACCUGGGACACCAGGUGGGUGAUUCCCCUCUAAUCAGGGACUGAUUUAGACCUGGGACACCAGGUGGGUGAUUCCCCUCUAAUCAGGGACUGAUUUAGACCUGGGACACCAGGUGGGUGAUUCCCCUCUAAUCAGGGACUGAUUUAGACCUGGGACACCAGGUGGGUGAUUCCCCUCUAAUCAGGGACUGAUUUAGACCUGGGACACCAGGUGGGUGAUUCCCCUCUAAUCAGGGACUGAUUUAGACCUGGGACACCAGGUGGGUGAUUCCCCUCUAAUCAGGGACUGAUUUAGACCUGGGACACCAGGUGGGUGAUUCCCCUCUAAUCAGGGACUGAUUUAGACCUGGGACACCAAGUGGGUGCAAUUAAUUAUCUGGUAGAACAGAAAACCAGCAGGCUCCGGACCUCGUAGGGCAAGAGUUGAAUGAAUACCACCGACCUAUACACCACACACUACCCUUACCUCACAUGCUGAAGUUACACUGCUUUUUAGUCAGGUUUUAACCUGGAUGUAUACACUUGAGUCUUAGUAGACUUAUACCCUAGACUCUAACCCCAACACCCUUAAUCCUACUCGUAUCCCUAAACCAGCAUAAACUGGAUAGUCUUAACACACUUACCCUGAACCCUCAUUCAGUUUCUCUAUAUUAUUUAUAUAUCAAGACACACUAUGAACUAUCUGCUAUGAAAGACCUUAGAUCCAAUGAUACGCACACCGACUGACCGUAGGUCCUCUUGCACUGUUGAGGGAUAUAGGGAAAUGUCCAUGCAAUUUGACAAUGGAUCCAUUUUAAGAGGAAUGCCCUCCAUUUUCCUCUCUCACUUUCUAUCUCUCACUACUCAUUCUCCAUUUUCCUCUCUCACUUUCUAUCUCUCACUACUCAUUCUCCAUUUUCCAUCUCUCACUUUCUAUCUCUCACUACUCAUUCUCCAUUUUCCUCUCUCACUUUCUAUCUCUCACUACUCAUUCUCCAUUUUCCUCUCUCACUUUCUAUCUCUCACUACUCAUUCUCCAUUUUCCUCUCUCACUUUCUAUCUCUCACUACUCAUUCUCCAUUUUCCUCUCUCACUUUCUAUCUCUCACUACUCAUUCUCCAUUUUCCUCUCUCACUUUCUAUCUCUCACUACUCAUUCUCCAUUUUCCUCUCUCACUUUCUAUCUCUCACUACUCAUUCUCCAUUUUCCUCUCUCACUUUCUAUCUCUCACUACUCAUUCUCCAUUUUCCUCUCUCACUUUCUAUCUCUCACUACUCAUUCUCCAUUUUCCAUCUCUCACUUUCUAUCUCUCACUACUCAUUCUCCAUUUUCCAUCUCUCACUUUCUAUCUCUCACUACUCAUUCUCCAUUUUCCUCUCUCACUUUCUAUCUCUCACUACUCAUUCUCCAUUUUCCUCUCUCACUUUCUAUCUCUCACUACUCAUUCUCCAUUUCUCUCUCACUUUCUAUCUCUCACUACUCAUUCUCCAUUUCUCUCUCACUUUCUAUCUCUCACUACUCAUUCUCCAUUUCUCUCUCACUUUCUAUCUCUCACUACUCAUUCUCCAUUUUCCUCUCUCACUUUCUAUCUCUCACUACUCAUUCUCCAUUUUCCUCUCUCACUUUCUAUCUCUCACUACUCAUUCUCCAUUUUCUCCAUCCCUCUCUUCCUGUUUUAACCCUCUUUCAUGUAUUCUUCCCAUUCAUCAUCUCUUUCAUUCCCCUCUUAUUCUUUCUCUCUCCUUGACCACUCACCUCCUUCUCUUUUCUCCUCCUCCCUACUUUUCCCUCUCUUCCACCUCCUGUGCCAAAUGUAAACAAACUGUUGGGAGAUGAUAAAUUACUAUUAUAUUAUAUAAAAACAGUGUAUAAGCUUUGCUAGUAACUUAUGAAGAGACAAGGUAAAAAUGCCUACUGGUCUGGUGGGGAUCUCUUUCGGACUAAGUAAAGGAUUUAUUUAUUUUCGCAUAGUGUUCUGUUUGUUCUUUAAUCAUUUAUUCAUUCAAUAAAGACAUUGUUGGUGU